ACUGGUAUAAGAUAAGGCCCAAGGUUUAAUUUACUUUCUUCACAAUCGUUUUUUCUCUCGUAUUUACUGUCCCUUGAUUUAUUGAUUCAUGAUAUAUCUCAUUGAUGCUUUCAAAUUUGGUCGCAACAUAACCAACUCUACCCUGAAACAAUGGAAAGAAGCAAAAUUCAAAUGCUUUAUGAUGCUUCUCAUGCCCUGUUCUCUCAAUCGGAGCUUCCAACUUUUCAACAAAUCCAUUAUGUUAAAAAUUUGCUAGAUAAGAUUGAAGCUAUAGAUGUGGGAAUCGACCAGUUUGGAUUGUGUGAUUCUCCUGUGUCAGAUGCAAGCAGUGAUAGCAGCAAGGGAUUGCUUUGUGGACAAGGCUUUUCUGAGAUUACAUACAUUCACAUUCAUGAAUGUGACAAUUUCUCUAUGGGUGUGUUCUGUCUUCCAGCAGGAAAAGUAUUUCCUCUUCAUGAUCACCCAGAAAUGACAGUGUUGAGUAAGCUCUUGUAUGGUUCUGCAUAUGUUAAAGCUUAUGACUGGAUUGCAUUGGAUUGUUCUGGAACCCAAACUGUAGGAUUGGGUGGGAAGGUAGUGGAUGAAGUGAUGAAAGCACCACAUGAGCCAUCGAUAUUGUUUCCAAGAAGUGGUGGCAAUAUUCAUUCUUUCACAGCGUUGACGCCUUGUGCAAUACUUGAUGUGCUUUCUCCACCCUACUCUGAAGACUUUGGAAGGCCUUCCACUUACUUUUCAGAUUUUCCUAUUCCUUCUCUUAAUGGUUAUGCUAUACUUGAGGAGAGACCCGUGCCUAGUGACCUAGUUGUUCAAGGAGCAUCAUAUCUUGGACCUCCAAUUGUAACAAUGACCGAAUACAAAUUUUGACUGUAAAUUAUAUUGUGUACAUGUUUCUUUGAGUAAAUAU